CCCCGUCACAGGCCGCGAGCUGACGCGCGGCUGGAGCCCUUCCCCGACGGGCAGCGGGGCGCUCGGCCGCCGCGUCUGGGCUGAGCGCGGCUACGCUGCUGCCCGAAAUCCUCCCAGAUCUUGAGGCGUAUGGAACCUCAAGGUCUUUGUGAUAAUGGAAACCAAAAAAUUGAUUGGUAAACCGCUUCAACCAGCAAGACCUGUUCGUCAUCUGACCUCUCCCCCUGGAGCAGUAUUCCCUUUCAACUUUCAAAAUGAAUAUCCACGUAACACUCAGUGCUUACAAAGUGGAGUUAGCAGAUGUAAGACGAAUGGAAUGCAAGCCUUUUCUCAAGGUCUUAAUGAACAACAGCAACAUCAGUCUCCAGUUAAAAAAGAGAGAAUUAAAUACAGCAGAGAUUUCCUUUUGAAGCUCUCAAGUGUUUCCAUCUGCAGAAAAAAACCAGACUUUCUGCCUGAUCAUCCCAUUGUACUUCAAAAACCAGAAAACAACCAAAAUUUUAAGUAGCAUUUUAAGAACAGAUGAAUUUGAAGAUAAAGAAUUAUUCGUUUUAUAUUUUGGACACCUACAAAUGAAGUGGAUCUAGUAACAAUAACUGUAACGAACUGUGACAAUUCAAUUUAUUUUUAAUUUUGAUGGGUAUUUGGUUUCUCCUAAAAUGAGAGAUAUUUUAAACUACAAAGAAUUUUAUAAUCAGUUUCAACUUUGCAGGCAGUUUCCUGCAUAAAUUGGGAAGUAACACUGGAAAGUAAGAAUUUGGUUAGUGAAGUGGGAAGACUGUGUAUUUAAAAUUUGCAUGCUACUUGCAAUUUUUUGUUUUUCAUCACUUGUAAUAAUGGAAUGGAAAUGUAAGCUGUAAAGAUUUUCAAAUAUAAAGUAUUUGCUACGAUGUAUAUAUGGUACAUAAUUUCUUGUUGCUUCUAAAGUUGCUUUUGUUCUAUUUCCCACUGAUUUCAUUAGCACUUGAAAGGAUCUUUAUAAUCUUUUCAGAGGCUUAGAACAAUUCAGGAUGUUCAAUGCAUAGUUCUCAAUGACAGAAGGGAGAAUAUUUUAAUAGGCAUUUCUUUUCAAAUACAUGAUUGAUCUCUAGUUUUUUGAUAAUAACAUUGUCUAAGAUUCAUUAUUACUAGCAGAGAUUGACAAUUUGGAAACAAUAGUAGUGAAUGAAACUGAAGGUGAAAAAUAGCUGCUACGUGUGUUACUAAUCAGACCACGUGAACUGUAGAAGUUGAACAACUGCAAAGUAAAACUGGUAUUUUUAUUUCCAAAAGAGGAAGAAUUUAGGCAUUUGCAAAUAAUUGAGGUGCAUUAAGUUUCAAUUCUAUAAUUUCUUAUAACAAGAACAUGGAUGGAUGAAGAAUUUUUGGGUUUAAACUUUUAGCUCCUAGAAAUUUUAUACAAUAAAUCUCCUGCACUUUGUCGCUCUGGAUGUUACUGUUAUAAAAAAAAAAAAUUCUUCCAGCACAGUGUCAAAAAAAAUUGCUGAUAUAAAAGGUAAGUGUAAACUCUCUCUACUUCUGUUCUCUCAGAUUCUCUCAGAUCUCUGGGUCUGUUGGCAAGGCAUUCAAGACCAUCAUUUGAGAGGAAGUUUAUCUUAAGCUGAAUUCUGAACUCCUAAAGCUAGCACAUUUUCCCUCACUGGUCUUUGGGCUUAUUACCCAGAUUGAAGCUUUAGUCUAUGGUAGGUUUCCCAGCUUGGUCUUUUAGUACUCUACUCUUCAUUACUUUGUUCUCAGGAAAAAUAGAUUGUUUUUUAAACAGAAAAGAAAACUUCAUUAACCAUAAAUUUAAUGGUUACUUUCAAAUGCGAUAUUUAUACUUAGGGCCCAAUUUUUUCAUUUAUUUUUUGCCCUAUUUUCCCUUUACAUUAUAAGUUGCAGUCUAUGUAUGUUUGUGAAUAUACACAUUCCCACACACAUACACAAAAAUAUAUGUAUAAUUUUAGAUCUAGGGUCAUCUCAAUAAAAAAAACGUUUUAAAGCUGGGGUCAGAAUUGCCAUAUAAUUCCUAUCCUCAAGGUCUUUUGAUUCUGGUUUAAAAAAAUGAUAGAACCUAUUCCAAUUGGGAACCUAAAGAGCCCUUCCACUUAGCACUCUUACUGAGGGCAGAACCUUUCAAAGUCAUACCACCAUGCUGCUUUGGAAAUUGCCCAGUACCUGAAAGACUUGAUGUAAUUUCUGAAUCUGAUACUUGAAAUGGACUGGCCAGAACAGUUUUGAUUGGCUAUAAUUUUUACUUUCAAAAUUAUUUAUAACCAUUUUCAAGAAGAGUUUGUAUGUCAAAAGUCCCCUAGGUUUCAAAGUCUUUUGAUCCUUUCUUACAGUAUAUAAUCAGAAUGAGACUACAAAGACUAUUUUAUUAUCUAUUUGCCUUUGUACAUAUGUAUAGCUUGUUUGAAUAAUCAUUGUAUAUCUCCAUUAAUGUUGUUCUUUGCUUUAUAUACAAAUUAAAAGAGUUGAGCCAGGUGUUGUUUCAUAGUGUUUGUCAUCUUUAGAAAUCACCAGAGACACAGAUGUGUGUGUGUAUAUAUGUGUCAAAAUUUACUAUCUAUGUCUAGUAGAAGCUAUGAAAAAAAUAAUUUUAU